AUGGAGGUGUAUGAAUGGCGUGAGCGGUCAGACAGCCAUCCAGUCAUGGCGCUGUGGUGGUGCGCCAAGAUCUUCUGCAGGUUGGCUGCAGCUUGGUUUCCCCUGUUCUUCUCAUCUCUUCUGUGGCAAACGAUCUCCCCUGUCUAUGCUGCCCCGUCUUGCCCGCGGACCUGUAGCUGUCCUGGCGUUAAAGAGGUCCACUGUACGUUCAGACACCUCACCACCAUACCAAAAACCUUUCCUAGAGACACAGAGAGGCUCAACCUGGGUUAUAACAGCCUGACGGAGGUGGAGGGGUCAGAAUUCAGGUCACUACGGCAACUGGAAAUGCUCAUGUUGCAUGGCAACGACAUUAACACAGUCCACCCUAGGGCGUUUUACAGCCUAAGAUCAUUACAGAUCUUGAAGCUGAGUUACAACAAGCUAACAUCACUAAACGCUGGUCUGUUUGAUGGUCUUGUUGGUUUGAUCCGUCUCCAUCUGGACCAUAACCUUUUAGACUUUAUAGAGCCAUACUCUUUUUCUGGCCUGACCUCCCUAAAACUCCUGCAGCUGGAGGGGAACCUCCUCAAAGAGAUCCAUCCUCAUACCUUCAUCACAGUGUCACUACUAGGAAGCUUUUGGACCUCUGGACUCAAACACUUACACCUGUCAGACAAUCUAUUGGAGCAGCUCCCUCCAGCAGCACUGAGGACUGCUCCCAGGCUGGAGCUUCUCUCUCUUCAUGGUAAUCCCUGGACCUGUGACUGUCAACUUCAGUGGCUGGUUGAAUGGAGUUCCAAACAUGAAGGUGUAAUAAAGUGCAAGAAGGAACGUGGCUCCAGUGAGACUUGCCCCCAGUGCUCCUCUCCUCAACCCCUGAAUGCCACCCUCUUGUUAGGGUUAACUCUGGACAAGCUGAGCUGUGAACGACCAGCUCUUCGCUCCCCCCUCAAACAAUGGGACAAUCCGGUGUGGGCUGAAUCUGAAGCAGAGCCUGACCUUCCAUAUACCCGGGACUUUGAAAAACCUUUGGGCCACCUGACCUUUGUUCUCUCUGACAGCCAUGGAAACCAUGCUCAUGUAGCAUGUGAUGUGCGUCACCCUGGAGACAGUUCACCUAUGACUUGGACUGUAAAUUCACAUUCACCUGCGGAGUUAUCUGUCAAUGUUUCGCUGGUGACUGUCCUUGAGUGUGAGAUUGAUCGGGAGACGUUGCAAAAUCUAUGGCAGCUGGUUGCAUAUUACUAUGAAAGCCCUGCUAUCUUGGAGAGAGGUCAACAGAGAGGAAAUGCAAGCAGAGUGACCUAUCAGUAUACCCAAGCUGUAAAUGAAAAUUCCCCAUAUUUUACAGAACUAAAAGGGCAUUUGGUCGCAGAACCCUCAUGGCUACUGCAACCAAGAGUCACUUUGAGGCUCAACAGACAGCAGACAACAACUAAGAAACUGGUGAUGGAUUUCACUACUUUAAUUACCAAGCACGUCAGCAGUCAUAGAGGGCAGGAAGAUGACAAUGACUCUGCUUUUUCCUGGGCACUGAUUCACAGAGGGACAGCGGGGCGAAUUCAGACAGCUCUUGAGGGUUCAAAGGUUCGCUUGGAGUGCAGUGUCGUCACUUCAAAUCCGGAAGUGAAAGUGGAGUGGAUGCUUCCAGAUUUGUCCAUUGUGGAGGAAGCAAAUGAUAAAACAGAAAUUUCAGAAAGAGGAGACCUUGUGAUUUUAAAUGCCACACUGUCUGAUUCAGGCCUCUACCACUGUAUGGUCAGAACAAAAGCUGGUGUGGAUUUGAUGCCAUUGAGGCUCACCAUUAAAGAACUCUCACUUAGCCCCACUGCUUUCAAUGGUCAGAAAAUUGUAGUUGAGAAGGGACGCUCAUUAGCUCUUUCUUGUGACGUGACCUCAGUUCAGCCAAGUCAAACUAUGUGGUACCUGCCCAAAAAUCAAAUUCUACUCCCCACACAACAAACAAGACGAGCAGAAGUGAUGGAAAAUGGGACUUUGGUAGUAAGGAAGUUGUCACAAGAAGAUGCAGGGGAGUACAGCUGCUUAGCCUCAAAUUUGUAUGGAGUUGACAUGCUAUCACACAUGGUGGAAGUCACAGAAGAAAAGGCCUCUGAUAGGUCUAAAGUACAGACAGAGAGAGAGAAGCAGCUCUUACCUUCUAGCGUGGAGGAAGGAGAGGGUUCAGGGGGAGAUUACCAGGAAAUUAAACGUCCUUUUGCAACUCAGUUUCCUAGGAGGGUAGGAACACAGCAAAGGAACCCCAAUGGGUUUUCGAAAAGGAUAAGAAUUAAAGAUUCAAAAAGAAAACCCAAUAAAUCUGUUAAGGAAUUAGAUCCAAAUCGUUGGGCAGAGAUAUUGGCUAAAGCUAAUUCUAAACCAAGUGUUGCUCUGCCCACAGAGCAGUCACUAGAGGAGCCCAGUACUGUCCUGGAUCACACCCUGUGCCCACCCAUAGACCCUGGCCUCUCCCCCACCCCUGGGCUCAAGGCCCAGUCAUCACCAACAGACCAGAAAUCACAGCUGAAACAGACCCAAACCAGAGAUCAGCUGUUUCUAUCAAGGCUGAGGAACAGAUACAGACAGGCGCAGCUCGAUCGAAUCGCUCAGCUAGGGAGGAUGGUGACACCAAAACCCCGCACAGGCUACAACAAUCCCCCAUCCCCCAUCACACCUAAAACCAACCUCCCGUCCCUGCAUAGACCCUACACCCCCAAACCACCAGUAGCUGCUGAUUCUUACACUUACAACGUGCAACCUCCAAACCUUGCUAAGCCGUCAUUGUCAUCAUUCUCUGGUUUCAUCCCAACCCCUCGCCCUUACCUCCCCACCACCCCCGGGGUUCUGCAUGGAGGUCGUUGGCCUGUCGAAGCAGGACGAAUCAGCUCUCGGCGGCCCACAGCUGCCCCACCUUUCCCAUGGGUGUUGGGAGCUGGAAGUAGUGGGAUGAAGCCGCGGAUCACCACAGUUGCUACAGCUAGUGUGUCGGUGCUCGCAGAGAGUGAUGUCUUCCUGCCCUGCAAAGCAACGGGGAAUCCUGAACCUACAAUUGCAUGGACCAAAGUCUCCACAGGGGCCACCAUCCCAGCCAACACCAAGCAUGGUCCUCGUUUUGAAGUUUUCAAGAAUGGAACUUUUGUUAUUAAAAACAUCCAGCUUCAGGAUCGAGGCCAGUACCUCUGCACAGCCCAGAACAGGUUUGGAUCCGAUCGCAUGGUCACCACCCUAGCUGUCCAGACUGAGGCACCCAAGAUCCAACCACCAAUGUCCACAGACAUAGCAGUUUACUUAGGGAAAAGUAUGACUCUUGACUGCCUCGCCUCUGGAAAACCACCAGCCCAGAUUUCCUGGAUUCUUCCGGACAGGACGUUUGUUCGUGAAGUUGGGACUGUUCACACUCUCCUCUCUCCAAUGUCUCUGCUUCAAAAUGGAACCCUGCAAAUUAAUUCUGCCAAUUUCUCUAACAAAGGGGACUAUAAAUGUAUAGCAAGUAAUGCAGCAGGUGCUGAUACAAUUACUUAUCAUCUCCACGUGGCAGCUCUACCUCCAAGCAUCAGUGAAGGAGCAGCGGAUACUGUGCUCAUUCAGCCAGGCAGGAGUGUGUAUAUCCACUGUUCUGUGAAAGGCGAACCAGUGCCUGCUCUGAAAUGGAUGCUCCCGUCAGGCGUCCAUGUCAAGCCAUCACAGUUCCUGGGACGCAGGCUGUUUGUCUUCCCUAAUGGGACACUGCUUGUGAAGAAUAUUUCGCCAUCUGAUGGUGGGAGGUACGAGUGUUUGGCCACUAACACUGUGGGAAUCGCCAAAAGAACUGUCCAGCUGGAGGUGAGGGCAGAUUCUCCCUCCUUCUCCCGCCAGCCUCCUCCUGCUCCUCUUCCCAUUCCUCCAACCCCUCACCAUGCUGUGCCAUCCCGCCAACACUCUGUCUCCGCUAUGUAUGGUUCUGCUGUCUACCUCCACUGUCCAGAGUCUACUGGAUCCACUAGAGGGACCAUCUGGCAGCUGCCCUCGAAGACCAUCAUGGAGCAUCGAUACAGUCCAGAGAGACCAAUUAAAGUUUUCCGUAAUGGGACUCUGAGGAUUCUUCAGCUAACAGAGCUAGAUGGUGGAAAUUAUCUGUGUGUCUUUCAGCGGCCCAAUGGGGAGGACAUGGAGCUCUUCCAGGUGGAGGUGUUGAUGACUGCUCCCAGAAUCGAACAUGUGAGGACUGCACAGACCAGGGUCACUUUUGGAGAAAAUUUCCAGGUGGACUGUGUUGCAACAGGCCUCCCUGAUCCAGAAGUUUCCUGGAGUCUUCCAGAUGGAACUUUAAUCAACAACGCCCUUCAAUCAGAUGACAGCGGCCUUCGAAACCGCCGCUACGUUAUCUUUGGCAAUGGAACUUUACUUCUCCAGCAGAUGGGUAAAAAAGAUGAGGGUGACUACACUUGCUAUGCCAAGAACAAACUGGGCAAAGAUGAAAGAAAGGUCAACGUCAAAGUGGGACCAAAUGCUCCAAAGAUUAGAUCAAAAUCACAAUCUUUAAUGACAGUGAAGUUGGGAGAAUCUGCUAAAUCAAGCUGUCAAGCAACAGGUGAUCCUAUACCAAGAAUCACAUGGAUCUCACCACGAAAUGAUGUGAUACCAGUAUCAUCAGAUAGAUUUCAGGUUAUGGAUGAUGGGACAUUAGUGGUGAAAAAGGUAACACUUGCUGAUGAAGGGAAAUAUGCAUGUGUGGCACGAAAUUCUGCUGGUGAUGACGUUAAAAACGUGAAACUUGAAGUUGAACCCCAGGAACCCUUUAUCAAUAGCAUGAAAGGGAAGAGUACCACAAAAGUUUUGGGUGUUUCCUACCAAACUGUGCUUCUGGAUUGCAGAGUGGAAGGAAAACCCGAACCAAGAGUCUGGUGGGUUACUCCUUAUGGCCACUCACUCACAACACCCUAUCUUGGCGGUCGCUUCCAAGUCCACCGAAAUGGGAGUUUGGAGCUGCGAGGCGUGAGGAAAACAGAUGAAGGGAGAUACAUGUGUCUUGCUAAAAACCACCUGGGUGAAGCCUCACUUUUGGUUGAAUUAGAUGUGGCAUCACUAGCUGAGAAACCUAGCUUUGCUGUUCCCAAUAUUGAAAUCUUACCAAUAAAGCAAGAUGGCAGGGAAUUGAUCCUGGAGUGUCCUGCUCGUGGGAAGCCACACCCAGAGUUUGCAUGGGUUCUACCAAAUGGGACAAUGUUAACGCCGGGUGUCAGACUCCAACGCUUCACCCAUCAUUUGGGCAAUGGAACUCUACGGAUAUCUCAACCGGUUGCAACUGAUAAGGGAGUGUACCGGUGCCUAGCGAAAAAUGUAGCAGGACAAGCGGAAAAACGUUAUGCACUAGAGACAGGCAGGAAGCCAGUGAUCAGAGGAACUACAGGUGGGAUGAAGAUCACUUAUGGCCUCAAUCUCAACUUGCCUUGUACUGUUGAUGGCUGGCCCCAGGCAUCAAUCACGUGGACCCUACCCAAUGGCCUUGUUUUAGACAAACCUCAAACCAUUGGCCGGGUAUCUUUCCUUGCCAAUGGGACCCUCCAACUGCGGCAGGUCGCCACCUUUGACAAAGGAACAUACAUCUGUAAGGCCUUCAACUCUUUUGGUUCAUCAACACUAUCCUACCCAGUUGCAGUGAUGGUUUUCCCACCACGCAUCACCAGUACGCUAACCGCAAUCACAAGAGUAAACCGGGGAUCGCCAGUGACAUUAAAUUGUGUUGCAACUGGUAUUCCAAAGCCCGAUAUUUCAUGGACAUUGCCUGGACGUACAACUCUGCUUCCACAUAACCGGUUCACAGUACAGGGAGGGAUCCACAUGACAGAGGAGGGCAGUCUGUACAUACAGAGCCCUGUGCUCAUGAACUCUGGCAUUUACAAAUGCAAUGCGAAAAACGCACUCGGAACAGACUUCAAAUCUACAUACCUACAAGUAGUCUAAGUGACCAUUACAACUACUCUUUAAUGGGAAAAUCUCAUGGCAGAAUUAAGACUGGAUGAGGAUUCUUCCCUCAGGAUUUUGAUAUACUAUCCAUGAUAAGGACUCUCCAGAGACAGACUCAAAAGCUGCCUGAAUACAGGUGGUUUGAGAUACUUUGCAAAGCAGUUUCCACUGAACAAUGAAGCUUCAACCAUUGACUUUACAGUGAACAUUUACCUUUUGCAACUGUUAAAGAAGUCUUUUAAUUCUACAUUUUGAGCCUUAAAAUGCAUUUUCACUCCACAAAGUGCCCUUUUUGUCUGCUCAGACCUUUGCAUUUUAGGCCUUACCCCAUAGUUGUCUGUAUAAAAUUAUAGUUUGUAAAGAUUUUACUUUGCUCUACAGAUUUAAUUUAACAUGACAUUGCAAGUGUUGUUCUUCAAGUGAAACAUUUCAGACCCUUCUCUCUUGGGAUUGAUGUAUCUAAAUGUAAUAUGAACCCCUUAUAUGCAUAUAGUUGUUUUGUGUUCUGGUAUAAUUACAGUGAUUUCAACUGUAUAACGAAAUACACACUAUAAAACACGAGAGACUCUCUCCGCUAAGUUUACAGCAAAUAUUUCCCAAUUCAUCAACGGACAGUAAUGAGGAGUAGAGUGGCAUAAUUCCUGCAUGUAGGUCUGUCAUAAAAUGUUCUACUCAUGUGCUGAAGUGCCAUAUUAUAUGAACACAUACUGAGAAGUGACUCUUUUCUAUGAGGAUACAAAUACCCCAUUGCUGCUCCACAGUGUACGGUAUAUCAACAAAUGAAUUACUGUAUGUAUCAAUAUCAUGUAUUCAUGUUCGUAAUUGUAC